AUGCUCCGAGAAGAGCUUCUUCGGUCUAAGCAAGAUGAGAUCGCACGAUGUUUGUUGUCGCGAAAGCGCAAAUUGAGCGAGCUCUACUUUGCGACCGUAGGCUACGCGGGCGCGACCGAGGAUCCGUUCGCGGACUCCGUGUAUCAGGAAAAGGAGCAGGCAUUUCUCGAUGCCAACGAUAUAACCAAAGGUCGUUACUUUUCCGAGGCUACCCUCCCCAGCUAUGCGGUGCCUUCGGUCCAGGAUACCAAAGAAAUCCACUUGGAUACCACCGAACCAGCUUCAUCCACUCCAAGUGCUCUUCCGACUACACCGCCGCAGCACGAGACUCCCGCGCCCCUGGUUGCUCAGCCGAUCGCAACGACAGAGCGACAGAAUGUUACGCCGUCACAACCAGCCGAGAAGAAGUCAUCUCGACCUGUAACUAAACGCGUCGACAGCAAACCUGUUGUUCAUGUCGCACCUGGUACUCCGCCAGAUGGGUUACAAGGGCCGGAUGGGUCGACACCAAAGGCAACGUAUGAGCCUAGCGUGAAGGAGACUCCUUCUGUCCUGGAAACUCCUCGAAGCUCUCAGGAAUCUAGCGAACCUAUCGCUGCGACCGACCAAGAAACCCUACCGAAAGCAGCAUGGCCUGUCCAGCCUACAGCUUCCACAAAAUCCAAGCAUGAUGCGCGCCCGUCCCUUGUUCCCGGGCGAGCGGCCCAAGUUGUUGAACAGCCCUUGUCUCCCGCAUCCUCCGCCGGCCCGUACUCGAAUAACACGCCCGCCGCAACUGCAGUGUCCCCUGCUACGAGUCCUGCUGAGGAGGUGGCAGAGCCGGGCGAAAAGUCCCCAAGCCCCAAGCACAUGACGACUGCUCAAGGACCCCCAAGCUUCGUUCCAUCAACCCCGGAUGAGCAACUUCGCCUAGAGGAGGCGCAGUCACUCCAACAGAAUGCUCUUUUGGCGAGCCAGGUCAAGGAUGGAGCUGGCCUGGGCCCUUCGACAAACCAAGUCAUCCGGCUUGAUCUUCCAUCGGAAUCAACAGCAGCAGAGCCUCAGAAAGCAGUCUUGGAACUGGAGUCUGAAGUUAUACUACCGGAGUCACUACCGGAGUCGAAGAAGCCUGCAGCGACCCCCGAGAGUACACUAGAAAGUAAGACUUCAGCGCAACAACUUUCGGAACAACCUUCAAGUCAACCCGAACAUGUAGCCAAGGAAACGAUGCCAGGCUUUCAAACAGAGAAGAAGCUCAGCCCGCCCACUCACCCAGGACCGGCACCGGAGAGAAUGACAACUAGAGUAUCUUCCGGGGCGAUUCGACACAAGUCUGUAUCUGAGAUUCUUGGCGAAACUCCCAAGCCCGUCGUCUCUCAGCCUGACAAGGCUCAUGCAUCUGACAAGCCGACAGCUGCUACCGAUGCCUCUAUGGACUCUGCUAGAAUGCGCUUAAAGGACAGAAAAGCGCGCGAGAAGGAGAGAAAUAGAUUGUCGACUGUGGUCUUUCCCAAACAGCAGCAGCAGCAGCAAGACAAGAGUGGAUCAAUGGAUCUUGUUCGCCAGCAGUCGAGUGAGCUCGCAAAACUGAAUGAAGAACAAGACUACCUCUUUACCUUAUUCCAGAACAAGGCCUACGCUCCGCCUCGAGGAAAUGCGCUGAAUGCGCUUCUUGCUUCUGCUCAUAAAACAUUGUCUACGAAUAAUUACCUCCUGGACUAUCAGGAGCAGAUGGAUUGCCGCAUCUUACGCCGCAUAUAUGACCUUCAAAAUGCUAAUAGGUGGCCCUUGCGUCAACUGAAGCGCUCCCCUGAGCCACCUAGGAAGGGAACGCAUUGGGAUAUUCUUUUGGAUCACAUGAAGUGGAUGCGGACAGACUUUCGAGAGGAACGCAAAUGGAAGCUUGCAGCAGCCAAGAGUUGUGCGGAUUGGUGUGCCGAGUAUGUUCAUAGUGACAUCGAGUCUCGGUCGUUGUUACGCGUUUCUGCAAGAAUACCCUCAAGAAACGACCACGGGAAAGCCGAGCUGCACCCUGCCUCAAUGAUCUCCCCUCCAGAGGAGCCAAUGAAUGACACCAUGGAAACAUCCCAUCCAACGCCGGAUCUGGUUCCUUCCACCGAGGAGGACUCGGUCAGUGAAGGGUUCGUUGAUGAGCCACGCCACGACUUGCAGGACACAGUUGCCCCAGCUGCGAUCUUUUCCCUCGGAUCCGAUGAAUUCACAGUCUCCCUGGAUAUAACCCCAUCGGCUCAGAAACUUUUGGAUGAGUUACCCAUUUACGCCCCAAUGCAAAUUGCCCCAAACACGGGUUUCCCGAUCUUCAAGCAACCUCCUGAUUCUUCUUGGAAGAUUGAUAUACUUCCCGUCUCGAAAUAUGCCCGUGGCAAGAUAAUCAUCCGCGAUGAUGAGCCCCCAAAGAAACGGAGCCGUUAUGAGUAUUCCCAGUAUGAUUCUGGAACCGAGCACCCUGUUUUAGACCUGCCUCCUGAACAAACCAACGUUGCUCUCUUUCAACCUGAAAACAGGCAUAUCCGCGACCGCAUUCACCCAGCUCAGCCUUUCCGGCCCCCAACCGAGUAUCCCAUGCCUUCUCUUGGGUUCCUGGAGUCAAGACAAUCGUCACAAUGGACCUACGCGGAAGAUGAGGAGCUUCGUAGCCUGGUUGAGGAGUAUUCCUACAAUUGGUCACUGAUAUCUAGUUGUCUCACUCCGCCAUCACAAUUCACAUCCGGUGCAGAAAGACGAACGCCCUGGGAAUGUUUCGAGCGUUGGGCAGGAAUAGAAGGUCUGCCUUCUGAUAUGUCAAAAACGCCAUACUUUAGAGCCUAUCACCAAAGAAUUGACACAGCGCAGCGAAAUGUCAUGGCACAGCAGCAAGCUGCGGCUCAGCAGCAACAACAACAGCAGCAACAGCAAGGGAAUAACAAUAGUCAACAACCGGUCCCUGUGAUUCGACGGAGAGGCACGCAGCCCAUUCGUGUCGACAGACGACGGUCGUCUAGACAUUUGGCACUGCUUGACGCUAUGAGAAAAUUGGCAAAGAAGCGAGAGACGAUGCUUCAGAAGCAGCAACAUGCUUCUCAUCUCGCUGGUCUUAGGAAAGUUAAUGAAGCCAAUCAACCAAAACCUCCGAUCUCUUCGCCGGCUGAGUUUAGUCGUUUGAAACAUGAGCGCGAAUUGAAGCUUCAGGAGAGGCAGGAGCAAUACCGCCAGCAGAUGAUCGCCCAACAGAGAGCCAACUUUGCCGCCCGUGCCGGCCAGAUGCCAAACCAACAGCAGAUGAUGAAUGCUCCUGGGCGAGCUCCUAACGCGAUGCCUCAUAACCCUAAUGCCCCUCCUGUAGCCCCUAGUGCUCCCAAUGGCCUGCCAAAUGGCGUUUCAAACGGCAUGACUAAUGGAAUACCGAAUGGCGUGCCACAGGGCGUUGGCGUGAACCAAGGUCGACCUCAUGUUCAGGGCAUGCAAGGUGGCGCUGGGCCUGUCAACAGUCAAAUGCCGCCCAAUCCUAUGGCUAUGAAAAUGAUGCCACAAUCAGGGAUGCAGCAAGCCAAUGGCGCUCGUCCCAACAUGUCAAUGCAAGCGUCCCCGGAUAACGCUCGAGUGAUUCGGGAGGCCAAUCGCCUUCAAGAGCAACAGCGGCUCCUGCAGUCCAGGCAGCUCCAGCACCCACAGGCACAACCGACAUCACAACCGCAGGCGCAACAGGCUCAACAGCAGUUUCAUGCUCAGCCUCAAUUUGUGCCUCAAGGAUCCAACUCUCCUAACCUGAACAUGCCGAAUGUCAACGGCACCCCGAACAAUCCUGCUAUGAUGGCAGCGCUGCAAGCGGGAGGUGGGAUGCAAAGCCCCCCGUUCCACAAUGCCACACCCCAAGGCGUUUCCACACCUUCACCGCGAAUGGGUCAGCCGAACCUGCUAUCGGGUGGGGUGGUCCCUACCAUCAGCAGCAUUCAAAGCCAGAUUCAAAGGAGCAAUCCUAAUAUGCCGAUAGAGCAAGUCAAUAAACUGGCCACGGAUCGACUGCAUCAAUACCAACAGCAGCGCAUGUCUCAAGUGGCGAUGAAUGCGGCGGCGGGUAACCUUGGCGUACAUCCCAACUACCAGGUUCCGCACGAUGGGAACUUCCAGCCUCAACCGGGCAUGAAUGGCGGGCCGGGUAUGCAGGUCCCGCAAGGGCAAGGCUUUUCGCCGAUGAUGCGUGUCCCACAGUCAGCUCAGCAAAAUCGCCCAGGUACUGGAAGCUCACCCGCCAUGGGGGUAGCUAUGCCACAACAAAGCCGGAGCGCCACUCCGCAGACCCAACGGAGCGGCAGCAUUCAAACUGGCCCGAUACCGGGCACGAGCAAGAGCCCUAACCAUCCCCAGUCUCAACCGAUGGGAACUUGA